UAUUUAUUUACAAGAAUAUUUUAUCAAUGGCAAGUAUGUUUUAGCGCUCACAAGUAUAUUUUAAUGAUCAUGAAGUAUGUCUAUUCAAACAGUUGAUUCACAGGUAUCUUUCAAUGAUUUUGUAAAGGUUGUUGAAAAAAUCAGCAAUACAGCAAGCAAAGAGAAGAAGCAGGAUAUCUUUAAAAAGUUUUUUUCAAGAUGGAGAGAGAAGCACAAGCAGUUACACGGUGAAGAAAAAACAUCAGACUCACUCUAUCCUGUCAUCAGAAUUAUUUUGCCUCAUCUUGAUAAAGAUCGAUCAUACGGAUUAAAAGAGAUUUUUCUGGCAAAGUACUACAUUGAAGUCUUGAAUAUAUCUAAAAAAAGCACAGAUGGCAUUAAUCUUUUAAGAUAUAAAACACCAAAGUUAGGAAAACAGGGAGCUGGAGAUUUUGCAAGUGUAGUAUAUGCAGCUUUAAAGAACCGAUGUCCUGAUAAAGGAAGAUUUACUAUUGCAGAUGUCAAUGAAUGUUUAGAUAUAAUUGCAAGUGCAAAUUCUGAAAAGAGAAGAGAUUUAGUGAAGAAUGAGAUUAAAAAAAUGAUUCAAAACUGCUGUGCUUUGGAACAGAAGUGGAUAAUUAGGAUUUUACUUAAGGAAAUAAGACUAGGAAUGAGUGAAAAUACAAUACUCCCAUUAUUUCAUCCAGAUGCUUUAGAACUCUACAAUAUCUCUAACAGUCUCCAUAAGGUAUGUUUGGAUUUACAUGAUCAGAACAUCACACUUAAUAAAAAAAAUAUCAUGUUAAUGUCACCAUUUCGUCCCAUGUUGGGCAUGCGUUCUACAAUUGACAAUAUUGUAAAAGUCUUAAAGCACAGUGAGUUUUUUAUUGAAACAAAAAUUGAUGGUGAACGCAUUCAGUUGCAUAAAAAUGGUGAACAGUAUGCUUACUUCAGCAGAAAUGCAUAUGAUUAUUCAGAAAUAUUUGGUUGUACAAAAUAUAGUGGAACGCUUACCCAAUACAUCAACAUGCUUUUUAAAACUGAUAUUAAAACAUGCAUAUUGGAUGGAGAAAUGGUUGUUUAUUGUGUGGAAACGAAUAGUUUUAUGUUAAAAGGAUCUAAUGUUGAUGUUAAAGCACAACUGCCAAGUGGUUUACAACCUUGUUUUGUUGUUUUUGAUGUUUUGAUGAUUAACGACAUUGAGCUGGCUAACAUUUCAUUAAAAGAUCGCAUAAGCAAGUUAGUUUCAAUUUUUGAUGUAAUGCCAGGUAGAAUUGAAGUUGUUGAUAGAAAGAUUGGCCGAAAUAAGGAAGAUAUCAUUAAUGCUGUUAAUAAUGCUAUUGACAAGUGUGAAGAAGGGAUUGUUGUUAAAGAUCCUUUAUCUUUAUAUGUUCCAAACAAAAGAAAUGGUAGUGGUUGGUACAAAUUAAAGCCAGAAUAUAUUGAUAGUUUAAGUGAUGACUUAGAUUUGAUCAUAAUUGGAGGGCAGUACGGCUCAGGACAUAGAGGGGGAAUAAUCUCACAUUUUCUUCUUGGUGUUGCUGUUAAAACAGAAGAAGGGUCUGACACAAAACCAAGUUAUUUCAAAACAUUUGCAGCGGUUGGCUCUGGUUACACUGAUAAAGAGUUAAGCUCUUUGUGUAGCAAACUUGACAAGUAUUGGCAAAAGUUUGAUUUGAAAAGAUUGCCAAGUAUGAUUGAAUUUACAAGUGGUUGUAAGGAAAAACCUGAUGUUUGGAUUGAGCCAGAUAAAUCAGUUAUUGUUCAAGUGAAAGCUGCAGAAAUUAUUGUUACAGACAAAUAUGCUUUUGGUUAUACACUAAGGUUUCCACGCUUAGAACGGUUUCGCUAUGAUAAGAGUUGGUAUGACUGUAUGACAACAGAAGAUAUUAUUGACUUACAAAAGGCUGCCUGUGGGAAAUUAACAUCUAAACACAUUGAAAGUGAAUCAUCUACUACAUCUAAUAAAAAGAAGCGAAGACUUGAUGACCAUGUUGAUUUUCCAGUUGCAAUUGGAAAACAAUUCAAAGCUGCUGAUGUUUCAAAUAUAAAUGAAUCUAGCUCGGCUUUUAAAGGAAAAGAAUUUUGUGUUAUCAAUGGUUCACUAACAUGUACAAAGCAACAACUUGAAGAGAAAAUAGCUGAGAUGAGUGGUGUUUUUGUUCAAAAUCCUGGAGAAGAUACCUAUUGUGUCAUAGCAGAUAAAGUUAAUGUUAGAGUCAAGCACAUAAUAGGUAGUGGAAAAUGCGAUGUAGUAAAAGUAACUUGGCUGUUAGAAUGUUAUGAAAAAAAAGCGCUGCUUCCAUUUUGUCCUAAAUAUAUGCACUAUUCUACUACUAAAACCUUGGCUCUCCUUGAAGUAGACUUUGAUAAAUUUGGGGAUCAUUAUUUGGAAGAUAUAAAUCCUAGUACACUUUCAGACAUUUUCAGUCAUAUGAAUGCUGAUAAUUUAAAUGCAGAAAAUAUUGCAGAACUGGAUGAACGCUACACAAUUAGUUCUGUUGGUUUAUUUAGAAGACACAAAUUGUAUUUAGCAUCCAAAUUACAUUCUUUCGUCAGUUUAGAGUUUCGUUUUUAUGGUGGAACUUUGUGCAAUCAGCUAAACGUCGCUUCACAUGUAUUAGUUGAUGAAAGUGAUCCGGAAACAUUAGUUAACAUUCGGCAACUUAUACGAAAUCUAAAGAAAAAGCCACAUGUUGUUACUGCAAGUUGGAUAAGAGACUGCAUCGAUUUUAAGCGCCUAAUUGCAGAAGGACCAUAUGAACCAAAAUAAUAUGUUUGUAAAGGCCUUUGUGUUUGAAGUCAUUGAUUUUUUUUUU